UCGGUCACAAAGCUGAAGUUAGCUUGAGAUUCGUCACACGUAACGGAUUAUAAAUGUCUCUUCUAAAUUUAAUUGUUACACCACUUAAAUGUGGAAAACACGAGCUAAGCAUCAUAGUAACGGUUUAAAACUCCUCUUCAGAUCUGUGAAACUUUAAUUCAACUUGUAUAAAAUAUCUCUCAAAUCUGCACACUUCGAAUAUGUGAUAACUUUGCUUUUUUCAUUUUUUUUUUGCUUUUGUAAUGUGUUGACGUCAGUAGCAUGACUAUAUAAAUAUAUUUCUAGAUACAUAUUUGAGAAACUAUUAUCCCUGUCGUGUCACCUCCUCUCUCGAAUCUGAAGCCAACUUCAGCUUCGCCCCGCUGUCUCUUAUGACACUACCUGCAACCUAGCGGUCACCUGGUUCGGCUGAAGGCUGAAACACACGGGAGUCUGACGGGACUGCUAGCUGGCUAGGCUAACGUGUGAGUGUGGCUGUUUGAGAAACGCUGGACAAAAUGCUCGCUCGGCUGUUAUUUAACCUCAUCAACAACCUCCAUGUCGUCGAGAAGUUGGCAGAGUCUCGUCCGAUCCGCAGGGCGGCCCAAAUCACAGCUUACGCCAUCACCAAGGCUCAGAUAGCCGGCCGGGACGCCUCGAAGCGGGUCAUACGGUCCCAGACGCUGCGGCAGGUCCGAGAGGAGGCCGGCAAAGUCCCCGGUGACCUGGGAGAGGUGGGCGGCCGCCUCCGGAGAGUCAGAGACACCUUUGUGAAUGAAGUGAAGGAGGGAUGGAAAGACGGCUCAAGACAGAUCAAGAAGUGAAGAGGAUGACCUGGCUGGAGCAUGUUCGAGACUGGGAAUCCAACACUCCACAAACUGACUGAAAACAUCCCAUGUUUCUUUAACCUCACCUGACUUCCGGUUGAACAGUUAUUAAAGUAAAUAAAGGUGAUGUUUGACCAGUCUGCCUCAGCAGUGCAUGGCAACAGUGUGGUGUUCGCUGGUCAGUGGGUGGUUUUAAUAAUGUGAGGCCUGCACUGACCUGAAAUCUGUGGCCAGAUCAUUUAUGGCAAACUGUAAGAGCUGCACAAAUUCACUGUAUUCACAUUGCCGAGACCGCACAGAAAUAUUUAAUAUUUCAGAAAGCCUGUGGAAAAGUGGGAACUGCCUUGGGAAAUGUUAAGUGUAAUUGUUAAGUCCAGUUUUCUAAAAUAAAUCAACUAGUAAUUUCAAUAAGAAAAACUUUGUGAGGAGAGCAGAGUCCUGAAACUGCCUUUUCGUGAUGGCCUCUGUGAUACAGAAACACAUAGUUCAACUAAUGAUGUCCAGACAAGUAUUGUUUUUUCCAUUUCCCUUCAAUCGAUGUGCAUUUAUGCACCUGACACCAAAUCCUGCUGAAGAGCUUUUAUGGAUAUGUACAUGAAGUUGUCAUGGUAAAUAAUUGUCUUGGCCACAAAUGUAAAUAUAGAGAAAUGUGUGGUACGUAUAGAUACUGAAUUCACCAUUUUGUUUUGACUGUAUGAAUAAAGAUUAUAAUUUAUAACA